UUACACUUAGAAUUAGAUUAAGGUUUUCUUUUAUUAUUAUUUUUUUUUAACUUUAUAUUUUGUGAAAAUGACUCAUAGUAUUUUUUAAAGUAUUUUGUGGUCCCUGAAAUAUAUAUGUAUUUAAUAUUAUAGUACCAUGGGUGAGUUAUAAUAAAAAAGAAGAAUAAAGACGGCAAAAGUAAAGUUAUCUAUAAACAUCAUAAGUUUUUUACAUAAUAAAUGCACCAAAUAAAAUAAGUUAAAAUAAAACUUCCACUUUAACGCAAGACUUACAUAAAAAUAUAUCUAUAUUGUACCAACAUAGUUUCAAAAAAAGUUGGAAGUCCAUUUUUAUUGUCUAUGUAUUUUGUAUUGCAUAAAAAAAGAUACGAGCAAUAUUGUACUGUUGCAAAAUGAGCUGGGUGGUGAAGUAAAAAAUAAUGAGCAAAAUGCGUUUUUUCUGAAAUGUUUAACAAAAACAUCUGUUACAAUUUUUAACUCUAACAGAAAAAAUAUGAAACCUGAAGAAGGAAACCAAAAUUCAAUUUCUGCCAAUAUCGGCGUUUACACAGGGGAUAUUGAAGAAAAUUUAAUGAAGUCAUUGAGAGAACGUAGAAAUAAAAUGUACGGCUACAAAUCUAGCGAAAAUAAUUUUCAAUUGAGCUUAAAUAGCGGUCACAACGAAUUAAGUGCAAUAUCAAUGGUUAGUUUAUGUGAUAGAGACGUAAAUGAAAUGGACACAGAUAGGAACGAUACGAUAUCGACUCGGGAAAUGACUCCUAUAACAUAUUCAUCACCCGGAGAUACAUGUGUAAACGAAACUAAUAUAGAAGAUGAUACAAAUAAUAAUAUGGAUACAUUAGAGCCACCAAAUGAAAAAUUAAAUCAUUCAGAAAUAUUACAAAAUCAUGUUUACAAUUUUACUAGGAAAAUUUUUACUCAUAGUCGACGUACUAGUCGAGAUCCAUCGCCAAAUCCAUUUGAAGGAUUUACAACUUUAAAUAGUUCAUUGUAUAUGUCGGAUGGCAUUAGAUCCGUCGAUUUUGUUUUAGCAUGGGAAUGCAAUGUAAAUAAUGAUAUUGAAAAAAUAAACUUUGAUAAACGCUUGGUUUUUGAACAAAACCUUGUUGGUAUUGGAUUAGAAAUAGAAAGAGAAAUCGUUGGAGAAGAUUUAAAUUUUGUUAAGAUUCAUGCACCUUUGGAUGUGUUACGGCAAUACGCAGAAAUUUUAAAAUUACGCCUACCAAUGAAAGAGUCAUUAUGUCGAAUUCACUCAAACGAAAAAAUGAACAAAUUUACAAAUGCAGCGCAGUAUAUCAGCGAAAAGAUUCCCGGAUUAAGUGGCAUUAGAACUACUACAAAUAAUAUAUACUCUCAAUUGAAGGGCUUUGGUGCAUCCCUUCUGAAAAAAAUUUUAGUGGAUGAACGACAUUUUCCAAGGAAAUCUCAUAGGUUUACUGCCAUUUACAGUCGCGAUAAAGAAUAUCUGUUUGAUCUUCAACAAGAUAAUUUUUUUAGUGCAGCUGUUAGAUCAAGAAUUGUCCAAUUCAUUUUAGAUAGACAAAGAUACGUUCAAUCUGGAGAUGACUUUGCUUUUGGUAUUGAACGUCUGGUAUCUGAAGGUGUUUAUAUUGCCGCUUAUCCUUUGCAUGAUGGGGAAAUUUCAGUUCCAGGUAGCAUGCGAUACAUUUUGUACACUGAAUGGGCGGCUGUUAGAAAGUGGUAUCGAUACCAGCCUUUAGAUUAUGUUAAAGAAUAUUUUGGAGUUAAAAUAGGUUUAUAUUUCGCAUGGUUGGGUUAUUAUACUUAUAUGUUACUAUUAGCUUCUGUUGUAGGGGUUAUUUGUUUUUCAUACUCUUUUUUGACCUUAGAUAAAAAUAUUCCUACGAAUCAAAUAUGCUCAGGAAAACCUGAAAUUAAAAUGUGCCCCCUUUGCGAUUAUUGGUGUGAUUAUUGGAGUUUAAAAGAAACGUGUUUCUAUGCUAGGAUAACUUAUUUAAUAGAUAAUUCAACUACGGUGUUUUUUGCCGUAUUUAUGUCUUUUUGGGCAACAUUAUUUUUGGAAUUAUGGAAACGUUAUUCUGCUGAAAUUACCCAUCGGUGGGAUUUGACUGGGUUUGACGUCCAUGAAGAGCAUCCAAGACCGCAAUAUCUGGCAAGAUUAGCUCAUGUUAGAAAAACGCGCAUAGAUUACGUAACAAAUACAAAAGAGCCUCAACCACCGUUUUGGCGUAUGAAAGUUCCUGCAACAAUAUUAAGCUUCUCCGUUGUACUUCUUUUAGUAGCAUUAGCUUUUGCCGCAGUUUUGGCGGUUGUAUUGUAUCGCAUAUCGAUCUUAGCAGCUCUGAGUGUUUAUGGUAGUGCUGUAAAUACUUCAAGUGCCAUAAUGAUAACAACCGGAUCAGCAGCUUGCAUCAAUUUAUGUUUAAUUUUUGUUUUUAAUUACAUGUAUACCUAUUUAGCGCAAUACCUAACAGAGCUAGAAUUGUUAAGAACCCAAACUGAAUUUGAUGACUCGCUAACUCUUAAAAUUUAUCUGUUACAAUUCGUUAAUUAUUAUGCGUCAAUAUUUUACAUUGCAUUUUUUAAAGGCAAAUUUGUUGGUCAUCCUGGAAAAUAUAAUCGCUGGCUUGAAUAUCGCCAAGAAGAGUGCUCGAAUGGUGGUUGUUUGACGGAAUUGUGUAUUCAACUUGCAAUAAUUAUGAUUGGUAAACAAGCAAUGAACUCCAUUCUAGAAAUGAUAAUGCCAAUUUUUUGGAAAUGGGUAAAUAUUUGGCGCGUAGGUUGGUUAAAUCGCAAUAGGAAUAAAAGUAAAAAAAUGAAAAAAGGAACUGGAGAUAGGUGGCUGCGUGAUUUAAAGUUAGUUGAAUGGGGACCAAGAAGUUUAUUCCCUGAAUAUUUAGAAAUGGUUUUACAAUACGGAUUUGUAACCAUAUUUGUUACUGCCUUUCCCUUGGCACCUUUAUUUGCAUUAUUGAAUAACAUUUUAGAAAUGCGUUUGGAUGCAAAAAAGUUAUUAACAUAUUAUAGACGACCUGUCUCUCAAAGAGUAAAGGAUAUUGGAGUAUGGUACCGAAUUUUAGACAGCAUUGGAAAAUUAAGCGUUAUAACGAAUGGAUUUAUCAUAGCUUUUACAUCUGAUUUUAUACCACGUCUUGUAUAUUUAUACAGAAAAACAGAAGACAAAUCAUUAGAAGGAUAUUUAAAUUAUACCCUAGCUUAUUUUGAUACAAAUGAUUUUGAAAUUAAAAGAAACCCGGCAUCGCUGCAGUCUAACAUAACGGUUUGUAGAUAUAAUGAUUUUAGGGCUCCCCCAAAUUCGCCAGAUAAGUAUGAUUUGACGAACGAAUAUUACAUUAUUUUAGCCUGUCGUUUAGGAUUUGUUGUUUUAUUUGAGAAUUUUGUGGCACUAGUUAUGAUAUUAGUUCGAUGGUGCAUACCAGAUAUGAGCACUGACCUACGUGAUCAAAUACGUCGUGAAGCCUACAUUACAAAUGAAAUAAUUAUAAAACAAGAAACUUUAAGAGCUCGAGCAGAACGUGCUAUUGAACAAAAUGUAGAAAAUGAUCCUAAUUUAAGUUUUAUUAAAAUGGAAAAAUUAAUGAGCGGUAAAUUAUCGCAGUCCGAGCUAGAUCUAAUGAUGCAUGGCAGUCCCGAAGAGCCUACAGCACCUGGACAUAAGCCAGCAUAUCCACCUCCGAAUACUUCAACGAUGUCAUCAGGUAAUGUUAAUAUGGCUGCGUUAACUUAUGCCAACCCUACAAUUGUUGACAUUGCCAGUUCUGAUAUUACAAUGGAUACUGCAGACACUGGACCUGUUUCUGUGUAGGAAUAAGUGAUAGUUAUAAAUUUUAUAUUCAAUAUAUAAUCCUAUUUUAUUAAGCCUAAAAUUUUAUAAAAAAAUUAUUUUAUUUUGAUUUAUGUUUUAUAAGAAAUAUGUAUGUCUGUACAUUGCCAAAAUUGACUAAUUACUUUAAAAAUAAAAUUAAGUUAAACAAACGAAUAUUUUUGAGACAGUAAUAUGCAUACGUUGGAAAUACUGAUAAGCUAAGAGAACUAAACCAAUGUUUUUAAAAAAAAUUUAUACGUUUUUUGUUUGUGAUAUUUCUAGUUUUUUUUAUUAGUUACCUGUUGUUAAGCUAAUAAUAAUCAAAGUUUUUUUUUAUUAUUCAAGUUCUAAUACAAUAUUGUGAUAAUAAUAACUAAUGCUACAACAUUGUUAAUAAAGUUUGGUUUCCACUUUAUUCACAUUUUGGUUAAAUUAAAAUUAGUUUAAUUUGCUAUAACUUUAAUUGGAUAAAUUUAAUAGAAAAAUGUUAUUUAAGCAAAUCGGUUUAUAGAAUCUCGUUUAUUAAGAAGGUAUUUCAAUAAGUAAUUAAGUUCAAAUGUAAAAUUUCAACUAUUAAAAACAAAUAAAAAAUCAAUAGAAAAUUAAUUUUGCGUCCUCAAAAAUCUAUAUCUUUAAUUAAUAUUUAUUUUAAGUGAAGAAUCUUAUUUGAAGUUUUAGAAUCUCAAAAAGAACAAAAAAGUAAAUCCUGAUUAUAAGCUUGUGGUUGUGGAAUUAUUAAUAAGAACUAAAAUAUGUUAUUAUACAUUAACAUAGGAAAAUAAAUGAAAUUUAUUAUGGAAAAUUUUCCGAAACAGUAAAAAGUGAUUGUAAUUAGCAAUUUUUUUAGGGUUUUUUUUUUAGAUUUAUCAUAUUUCAAGUAUACACAUAUAUAUUUUUUUUAGUUUUAAUUGACUACGUUUUUUAAAAAAUACAUUUUAAGAUUUAAUAUAUUAAUAGUUAUUUUCUUUACUUUUAAUUUAAAGCCUGAUAUUACAUAAGGUUUUCUUUAAAAUUUUUAUAAUUUUAAAUUUAAAAUUUAUUUUUAGAUUAUUAUUCUUAUGUUUCAGAAAAGGUGAAAACUCAAAAUUUAUAUUUUGUCUUUUUGCUUAACCUACGAUUAACUUAUAUACAGUUAAUUUUUUUAUUCGGCAUAUUGGGCAUCGUUACAGCUUAAGUUCAUGUAUUUGAAUAAGCUGUUUUUUGACGUAGUAAUCUUAUGUGGUUUAUAAUGAAGAAUUCAUCGAUGAGGUUCGCCACAUGGUUUAUUAUGUUUUCAAUUUUGCAGUUUUCACGUAAUUAUAGCCGGUUUGUUGUUUUUGUCUUUUAAUGUUUGUCUUACUAGGUGAUUCAAUUCUGAUGAUUUUUUCUUUCUUGUAGACCUCUUGAUUUCGAUGAUGCCUUGUUCUGCUUUUCAUAUAUAAUCCAGUGGCGUGCCUUAGGAAUUUGCUUUCGAAGAUUCUUAAAGUUGCAUUAGGCGUGGUGCCAUA